CGGCGGCGGCGGCGGCGACGACGACGACGCCGACGACGACCCGGAAUCCGGCCGCACGAAGCUCGAGACCAUGCUCAUCGUGCUCUCGCUCUGCGCCGCGCUGUUCCUGGCGGCGCUGGACGUCACCAUCGUCACCACCGCCAUCCCCACCAUCGCCGAGGAGUUCAACAGCAACGUCGGCUACGUCUGGGUCGGCAGCGCCUACCUCCUCGCCAACGCCGCCUUCGUGCCGACGUGGGGCAAGAUCUCCGACAUCUGGGGCCGGAAGCCCGUGCUGCUGUCGGCGGCCGGCGUGUUCUGGGUCGGAUCGUUGAUCUGCGGCCUGGCCACGAGCAUGGGGAUGCUGAUCGGAGCCCGCGCGAUCCAGGGCAUCGGCGGCGGCGGCAUCAUCGUCCUCGUCAACAUCUGCAUCAGCGACCUCUUCUCGAUGCGCCAGCGCGGCGUCUACUUUGGCGUCCUCGGCGUGGUCUGGGCCGUGGCCGCGGCCGUCGGGCCCGUCGUGGGCGGCGUCUUCACGAGCAAGGUGACGUGGCGCUGGUGCUUCUACAUCAACCUGCCCAUCUCGGGCGUCGGCAUCGUCGUGCUCUUCUUCGUCCUCAAGCUGCACAACCCGCGCACGCCGGCCCUCGAGGGCCUCAGGGCCAUCGACUGGGCCGGCACCGCCGCCAUCAUCGGCGGCACCCUCAUGUUCCUCCUCGGCCUCGAGUUCGGCGGCGUGAGCUACCCGUGGCGCUCGCCGACCGUCAUCUGCCUCCUCGUCUUCGGCGCCCUCACCGCCGGCCUCUUCGUCGUCAACGAGUGCCGGUACGCCCGGUACCCCGUCAUCCCCAUGCACCUGUUCCGGAGCCGGGCCAACGUCGCCGCCUUCGCCGCCUCCUUCUGCCACGCCUUCUCCUUCAUCUCCGGCAGCUACUGGCUGCCCCUCUACUUCCAGGGCGUGCUGGGCGUCUCCUCCCUCAUGUCGGGCGUCUACCUGCUGCCCUACGUGCUCUCCCUCUCCCUCAUGUCCGCCGCCGCCGGCGUGCUGAUCCGCAAGACGGGCAACUACUUCUACCUCAUCGUCGGCGGCAUGCUCGUCGCCACCGUCGGCUUCGGCCUCUUCUACGACCUCCCGGCCGACCGCCGCCUCGCCAAGAUCGUCCUCUACCAGAUCGUCGCCGGCCUCGGCAUCGGCCCCAACUUCCAGGCGCCCCUGAUCGCCGUGCAGGCGUCCGUCGGCCCGCGCGACAUCGCCGCCGCGACCUCGGCCUUCGGCUUCGUGCGCCAGAUGGGCACGUCCAUCUCCGUCGUCGUCGGCGGCGUCGUCUUCAACAACGAGAUGCAGAAGCAGCGCCCGCGCCUGCUGGCCGAGCUCGGGCCCGGGCUCGCCGACAUGCUCUCCGGGUCGAGCGCCGCGUCGAGCGUCGGCGUCGUCGCGCGCCUGCAGGGAGACGAGGGCCGCGUCGCGCGCGGCGCGUACCUGACGAGCCUCAGGACCAUGUACAUCGUCUACGUCGCCUUCGCCGCGCUGGGGCUCGUCAUGAGCCUCUUCAUCGGGCAGAAGCAGCUGAGCAAGAAGCACACCGAGCACAAGACGGGGCUGAAGACGCUCCGGAGCCGGACGGGUCGGUGAGCCGGCGCCGGUCGAGGUUUUGCUCCAUAUCAUCAUCAGUCUGGGGUUCAUAGCGUUGCAUAAGGCAGAGGCGUAGCUUUUAGGCUUUUCUUUUCUUUUCUUUCUUCUUUCUUUUUUUCUUUCUUUUUUUCUUCGUUUUCCCACUCUAGCGAGCAUCGGGCGGAUACCCAGAAUAAUAAUCUUGCAU